UGCGUGUGGGUUACAGUAGAGGGCAGAGACAGCAUACCUCUCCCUGCCACUUCAUCUCUCUCGACUCUGGGAGAAGCCGGAAUGCAUACCAAGUCAGACUCGGAGGUGACCAGCGUGGACCAGUCGUGGCCGGCUCGAUCCCCUCGGAGACCGCUCUACUACGUUCAGAGUCCGUCGAACCACGAUGUGGAGAAAAUGUCUUACGGCUCCAGUCCUCUGGGUUCCCCCCACCAUUAUUACCAUUCCUCCCCCAUUCAUCACUCUCGCGAGUCCUCCACCUCUCGCUUCUCCGUCUCCCUCAAAAACCCCAGAAACCUCUCCUCCUGGAAGAAACUUCACCAGUCCCAGCACCACGACGACGACGACCACGACGAUGACGUCGGCGACGCCGAUCAAGGCUCCGGCCACAACAUCCGCUUGUACCUAUGCUUCAUCUUGCUCUUCGUGCUGCUUUUCACGGUCUUCUCUCUCAUACUCUGGGGAGCCAGCAAGAGUUAUGGCCCUAAAGUUUUAGUUAAGAACAUAGUGUUCGAGAACUUGAAUAUCCAAGCGGGGAAUGAUGACACCGGGGUACCAACAGAUAUGCUGUCGUUGAACUCAACGGUGAGGAUCGUGUACAGAAAUCCAGCCACAUUCUUCGGCGUCCACGUCACUUCGACUCCUCUUGAGCUUCACUACUAUCAACUCAGCCUAGCUUCCGGCCAGAUGAAGAAGUUCUAUGUGAAGAGGAAGAAGGAGAAGAAGAUGGUGGUGGUGGUGUCGGGGCACCAAGUGCCGCUGUAUGGAGGAGUGUCAGCUCUUGGGAACGCCAGACAGCAGAAGCAGAAUGUGGCGUUGCCGCUGAACCUCACGUUUGUGGUGAGAUCAAGGGCUCACAUCCUGGGAUCAUUGGUUCGCUCUAAAUUCUAUCGAAGAAUCCGAUGCUCUGUCACUCUUCAUGGCAGCAAGCUUGGAAAACCUGCUAACUUGACCCAUUCUUGUCUCUAUAACUGAUCUCAAUGUUUUACUCCUUUCCUUUCUACUUCCUACACUAGUUCACUUUCCCAGCCCAAUCUCUUCUCAUCUUCCCAUUCCCACACACUUCCGUGUGCAUUUCAGUUCCUCCUUGUUUUUGUUAUCCACUGCAUGCUUCACUAGUCUAUGUUAGCAUGUGAGUUUGUUGUUUCAUUAUAUAGUAAAUACGCCUUUGGUUCACUGCUUGAUGUCUCCUUGGAUAUUAUUCUUUUGAUAUGCUUACGCACGAAUUUAUGGCAUUUCUUAAUGGAAAAA